UAUAUGUGCUCUUGAUAACAGCUUAUGACUUUUGCUGAAUGCUAUUUAGUCUGCACAUAAACGCCGUUGCGAAUGAGUUCAACUUAGCAAAGUGAAAGAAUAAAAACAACAUCAACACCUAUCGCCAAAUGUCAAGAGCAUCCAGCACACUUACCUACAGUGUUGCCAUCGGUGUGGGUGUAACACUCGCAUCUGGCCUGGGUUACUACUGGUAUUACCUGCAAUGGAAGAAACGCAACGCAGUGCCUGAAAAAUGGCGUCGUAUUGGCACUUUGGACCAAAUCAAUUUAUACCCCAUUAAGUCGUGUGCACCGUUAACACUAGAUGCCAGCGCAGCGUUUGCGUGCGAUAUGCUCGGCUUGAUGCUUAAUGGCUGCCGCGAUCGCGCACUAAUGGUGAUCAACGAUUCAAAUGAAAUGAUCACCGCGCGCGUUUAUCCACGCAUGGUAUUGAUUGCUACAAAGUUGGUUGGAUUACAGCGAUUGCAAUUGAGCGCACCUGGCAUGGAGCCGAUCGAGUUGGAUUUGGGCGCUUUGAAGGCAGAGGGUGAGCAAAUAAAAACCAUGGUUUGGAGCACCACCGUAUACGUGCGACCAGUCGGAGCUAAAUAUGACAAAUGGUUAUCCAAUUAUCUACUGAAUAAGGGUAGUGGUAUGCGACUGGCCCACUAUCCAUUGGAGAAACCCGUGAAGGCGAUCAAUUCACGCAUGUUGCGUCAGCCAUUCAUUUUAAAGGAGGAUCGUGGAACUUUUAAUGACGCCACCAGCUACAUGCUUAUGAAUUUGGCCUCGAUUAAAGAACUAAACACACGCAUACCCCGUUCGGUAGAUCCAUUGCAGUUUCGUGGAAGCUUCCACCUGAAAAUGGACACCGACGAGCCAUAUGCCGAAGAUCACUGGCAGUGGGUGAAGAUUGGCGACGAGGUGAUUUUCCGUGUAGUGGCACCCUGCACUCGCUGUAUAUUCCCGAAUAUAAAUGUGGUGACAGCAGAGCGGGACCCCGAUGGCGAACCGUUGAAUACAUUGAAGAAGUAUCGCUUGUUUGAAGGCUAUAAAUCGCCGGCACUUGGUAUUCAUCUGGGUUUACGCUUUGCAGGUACCAUCAAGACGAACGCAGUUGUGUAUGUAGAAGAUAAGUCAAACUGCGUUAAAUCCCAUAGGUUGCUUUUCCAUUUAAUUGCACAUUUUCUCGUCUUAGAUUCAACCAGUGGAAUUUCCACCAAAAUGCUGGUCAGCUUUGGCGUUGGCAUUGGAGUGACUGCCGUAUCGAGUGCUUCUUAUUUAUACUACAAAUACUGGAAGCAAGAUGUCAUGCCAGAAGAAUGGCAGCGUGUGGGCAUCUUAGAAAUGCUCGAAUUCUUCCCAUUGAAAUCAGGAGCACCACUCAAAAUGCCAGAAGACACUGAACUGGAAUGUGAAGUGCUGGGCCUACGUUACGAGGGCGUUCGCGAUCGUGCGCUGAUGCUGGUCGAUAGUAACAAUUUAAUGUUAACAGCUCGUGGCUACCCUAAGAUGGUUUUGAUUGCUUCGAAACUGGUAACACCAACAAAGCUAGAAAUCAAUGCACCCGGCAUGGAAACACUGGAAUUAGAUUUUAGUAAGCUGAUUAAUGAAGCGCCGGGCAUCGAUAUACACACAUCGGUAUUUGGUGCUCCAUUGGAUGCGAUGUUGUGCGGUGAAAAAUAUGACAGAUGGUUCUCGCAAUACAUUUUGAGUCAGGAAAACGGAGUGAAGCUGGUGUACUAUCCCUAUCCGAAACCAACGAAGCCAAUUGACAAAGAUUUAGCCAAGGAACCACAUAUAAAAAAAUAUGAUACGGGUGCCUUCGCUGAUGCUACUAGCUAUAUGCUGAUGAAUUUAUCAUCAAUUGAAGAUCUCAAUAAACGACUCCCGCGUCCAGUACAGCCAAUUCAGUUUCGAGGCGGUUUCUAUUUAAAAAUGGAUAAGAACGAACCCUAUGCUGAGGAUUCAUAUGAUUGGAUAAAAAUUGGCCAGCAGGCAGUGUUCCGUAAAGUAGCGCCAUGCCGACGAUGUAUUUUACCCAACAUCAACCCAGAAACCGGAGAGCGCGAUCCUGAUAAUAAUCCAUUGAAAACUCUAAAAACGUAUCGUUGCUUUGAAAAGAACCCAAGCCCUGUUCUUGGAAUUCAUUUGGGUUUGCGUGAGCCGGGGAAAGUCAAGCGAGGCGAUGUCAUUUAUAUCGGCAUUAAAAAAUAGAUAACUUAUUAUUGUCUUUUAUAUAUACAUACAUAUAUUAUUUAGCAUAUAUUUUUAUAUUUAUGAAUACAUUUUAUGCUAUUUGCUUUUGAUUAAAUUUUUAUAACGAAUGUAAUAAUUUUAGGCGCAAACAACAGCAUACUUCUUUUUUUAUAAUUCGUACAUGUUUAUUUUAUUAAAUACAUGUUUUUUGUGUGCACAUACUCGUAUACAGUGUGUGAUGUAAAAAAUAUAGAUACAUA